AUGGUUCCGUAUGUUCAUCCGAAGGAUCCAAGUGUACAGAUGAACAUGGAUGAUGGCGAGGGGCCAAGUGCAGAAGUGAAUGAGAUUGAAGUGGAUCAGGUCAACGCACCAGAGGAAGAUGGAGUAGCUCCAGUAGUAGCUCCAGUAGGCAUGCAACCUGGUGGAGUGGCUGACGAGGGGGAGACUGUGGGUGCCAUUGUGGACGAAAUGGAAAAAGAGGAUAGUGACAACGAGCGUGUCGAGGAAGAUGAUUCGUCAGAUGAUGACGAGAACAAUAUUAAUCCAGCUGAAUGGGCUAGUGAUGAUUUUUCUGGUUUGGUCAUCUCUGAAGGGGAAAAUGUGAGAUGGGAGUACAAGGAAAACGAGAUUAUCGAGGGAGCGAGGUAUGGUAAUGGAGAAGACAUGAAGGAGGCGUUGGUAUACUGGAUGACUACGGUUCCGAUGGUGUUCGACAUCUGUGUCGAGCCGCACGCACCUUACCGCGUGAUGCGGCAGUUCGGCUUCCGUCAGUCCUUUCCAGUCCCGUUUCCGGCGGGCGUCACGGCUGCCGUUCACCGGUACUCGCGCAAGGGUCAGCACUCAGCUGGUCACUGGCCUGCCAAGUUGGGGCCUUUUCUCGACGACUGGUUGCUUGCUACCGAGGAGGUCGUGGACCACGCGGGAGAGCCACACACGGAGGAGGGGUAUGAGGCGUACCUACGUUGGUAUCAGCCACGCACCCGUACUAGAGUCACCUACGCUCCGACGGAGCAACAGGCCCACGCCGCGAGCGCCAGAGACCUCUACGCCAGGCACCGCGACCAGGACUUCGCUCGUGCGGUGAGUACCUUGCAUCGCACCAUCGUCUCAUCAUCCUUUCUGUUGGACAAAGGCUACGAAUAUUUACGUUGUAAUUAACCGUGCAGGCCGUUGAGUGCAACAGGGUCGUCGUUGAUGCUACAACGGCGAUCCAACGGUUAGGCGCGGGGAUUGAGGUGGGGGCAGACGAGCACCUGUCGACGUACACGCGGAUACGGGACUCGAUGCGCUCGGUUCUCCGUGCGCUGACCUGUCGUGCUGCCGACGUUGCUCAGGCAGACGCAGCACCACAGGUGCGUCCCCGACCGACUGCUCCUCGUCCAGCUGCGCACGUUCCUACGCCGACACCCCCUCCCUUCGGAGGUACGUAUAUUCAAGGUCUAUUUGUACAUCAUCAAUCAAUUGAUACUCAAUUUAUGUGUAAGCUUACAAGUGUCGCGUCGUCGAUGUGUAGGCUUCGCUCAGCCUGGGACGACGCCGGGCGCCCACUCCUGGCAGGCUGCGGGGUCAUCGUCACAGGCAGGUGUGUCGGCCUCGCUGUCUGCGCAGUUCUGGCAGGACGCCGGGACUUCGUCACAGCCGCCCGGCACGUCUUGGCAGGGUCCUACCGGGACUUCGUCCGAGCACGGGUGGGCUUCCGCCACGCACUUCGACAUUAGUGACUUCGACUUCCCGGACAUUAUCGGUCCCUCACAGCUUGGAGGCGCACCGCCGGUGCACACGCAGGAGCAGUCGCCCUCCACCCCACUCCCAGACCCUCGCGCUACCCGUGCUGUCCCACCGGAUCGCUUCACGUACUCCCAGGACCACGUGCGAGCACAGGCCCGGAGGACCAAGCGGGGUCGCGGCGCGAGUCACGGCCAGUAGAGCAGACAUCUCUUUAUUUUUCUUUACAUUCUUGUACUAUAUGGUUGUAAACUGAAUAUGUUGUUGUUUAUAUUCGGGACUCGCAUUCC